AUGUCGACUGCAUAUUCUUCAGAUUCGUCGAAAUCGUUUAUGAUUGCAAUGCAAUCUAUGAUUGAUGCAUCGCAGACCUUUCAGUUGGAUAGAUCGAAAAUUUGUCUACCAGAUUUCGAUAAUGAGCUUAAGAAAGUGAAUAACAGUGAAAAAAAUCAAAAGUCAGAGCUGACUGUCCUUUCUCAGGAUAGAAAUGACUGGGAUGACAUAUUCGAUGAGUUUCAAAAUAUUUCAUUCGUCCAACUGCAAUCUGUAAUUGACUCAUAUAAGAAAGAAAACGCAGUAGCAGUUUAUAAAAAAAUUGGAAACCUAAUUGACAAAGCUUCCACAACAUUAAGCAGUAAUGUCCUAUUGGAAACAGCGCUGCAAAUGGUUUACAAGCAUCAAAAGCAAGAGUUAGAGAAGGAGCUCUUGGAUUUUUUAGGAACAGGGAAUAUAGACCUUGUCUCUUUGUUACUUCAGCAUAGAAGGAUAAUUGUUGCCACACCAAUAGAAACAACGAUUCUGUUAAUCGCAAAUGCUGUGAAAUCAACACCAGAUUUCCUGACUCAACAAGACAUAAGAGACCAGGUUUUACAAAAUGCAGAAAAUGCCAGGAAUCAGAAGUUAAAUCCAGCCGCAAAAAUAAUCAAGUACCCACAUGUCUUCAGAAAAUAUGAAGCAGGGUCAACUACUGCUAUGGCUUUUGCGGGCCAAAAAUUCACUUUGCCAGUAGGGACAACAAGGAUGUCGUAUCAAACUCAUGAAGAAAUUAUAAUCCCGGCAGCAGACCAGGAUUCUACAAAAAAUUACUUGUAUACAAAAUUACUGAAAAUAGGGGAUUUAGAUCAUUUCUGUAAGACUGUAUUCCCCUAUGAAACUUUAAAUCAAAUACAAUCUCUGGUGUAUCCAGUAGCUUAUAAAACAAAUGAAAACAUGUUGAUCUGUGCACCUACUGGUGCAGGUAAAACAGACAUUGCGCUACUUACAGUGAUAAACACGAUAAAACAGUUCUCCGUGAUUAAUGGGGAAAACGAGGUUGAUAUACAGUAUGACGAUUUUAAGGUUAUUUAUGUUGCUCCUUUAAAAGCACUCGCUGCGGAAAUCGUCGACAAGUUUAGUAAGAAAUUAGCACCCUUUAAUAUUCAAGUAAGGGAGCUAACAGGUGAUAUGCAACUAACAAAGGCCGAAAUCUUAGCGACUCAAGUUAUUGUUACAACUCCUGAAAAAUGGGAUGUUGUGACUCGUAAAGCUAACGGUGACAACGAUUUGGUUUCGAAGGUCAAGCUGCUCAUUAUUGAUGAAGUUCAUUUAUUACACGAAGAUAGAGGUUCAGUCAUCGAAACUUUAGUUGCGCGUACCUUGAGACAAGUUGAGAGUUCUCAAUCAAUGAUUCGUAUUAUCGGUCUAUCUGCCACACUACCUAAUUUUAUGGAUGUGGCAGAUUUUUUGGGGGUAAAUAGACAAAUUGGUAUGUUUUACUUUGAUCAAUCAUUCCGUCCAAAACCUCUAGAGCAACAACUUUUAGGAUGCAGAGGAAAAGCAGGUAGUAAGCAAAGUAAAGAAAAUAUCGAUAAAGUAGCUUAUGAUAAACUAAGUGAAAUGAUUCAAAGAGGAUACCAGGUAAUGGUAUUUGUACAUUCAAGAAAAGAAACCGUCAAAAGUGCAAGAGGUUUUAUCAAACUAGCAGAAGCUAAUCAUGAGGUUGACUUUUUUGCACCUGAUCCAGUAUUAAAGGAUAAGUAUUCUAGACACCUAGUAAAAAAUAGAGACAAAGACAUGAAAGAGAUUUUUCAAUUUGGGUUUGGUAUCCACCAUGCGGGUAUGGCUCGUUCGGAUAGAAACCUUACCGAAAAAAUGUUCAAAGAUGGUGCUAUUAAAGUCCUCUGCUGCACUGCAACGUUAGCAUGGGGUGUUAAUUUACCAGCGGACUGUGUUAUUAUCAAAGGUACGCAGGUGUAUGACGCUAAGAAAGGUGGAUUUAUAGAUCUAGGUAUUUCUGAUGUUAUUCAAAUUUUUGGUAGGGGUGGUAGACCUGGUUUCGGUUCCGCAAAUGGUACAGGUAUUUUGUGCACUUCUAGUGAUCGCUUGGACCAUUACGUUUCUUUAAUUACUCAACAACAUCCUAUUGAAUCCAGAUUUGGCUCCAAAUUAGUAGAUAACCUAAAUGCAGAAAUUUCGCUCGGAAGUGUAACUAACGUAGAUGAAGCAAUUGAGUGGCUCGGUUACACAUACAUGUUUGUUCGUAUGAGAAAGAAUCCGUUUACUUACGGUAUUGAUUGGGAGGAAAUUGCAAAUGACCCGCAACUAUAUGAACGAAGAAGGAAAAUGAUUAUAGUUGCUGCUAGGCGAUUGCACGCUCUUCAAAUGAUUGUCUUUGACGAAAUGUCAAUGCAUUUUAUUUCAAAAGACUUGGGCAGAGUGUCUUCGGAUUUUUAUCUUUUAAACGAGUCUGUCGAAAUAUUUAAUCAAAUGUGCGAUCCCAGGGCCACUGAAGCUGAUAUAUUAACUAUGAUUAGUAUGAGCAGUGAAUUCGACGGUAUAAAAUUCAGAGAAGAAGAAUCGAAGGAAUUGGCCAGACUUUCUGAAGAAUCUGUUGAAUGCCAGAUUGGGAGCCAGCUUGAUACUCCUCAAGGUAAAGCAAAUGUGUUAUUGCAGGCGUAUAUUUCUCAGAGUAGAAUUUUUGACUCAGCCCUAUCAUCGGAUUCAAAUUAUGUUGCUCAAAAUUCUGUAAGGAUUUGUAGAGCUUUGUUUUUGAUAGGUGUCAACAGAAGAUGGGGCAAAUUUUCAAAUGUUAUGCUAAACAUUUGUAAAUCUAUUGAAAAGAGACUCUGGGCUUUUGACCAUCCUCUGUGUCAGUUUGAUUUGCCUGAAAAUAUUUUCAGACGUAUUAAGGAUACGAAACCAUCGAUGGAUCAUCUUUUGGAAUUAGAGCCAGAAGAACUCGGAGAGUUGGUGCAUAAUAAGAGGGCGGGAUCUAAGUUGUAUAGAGUACUGAGUAGAUUCCCAAAAAUUAAUAUUGAAGCUGAGAUUUUUCCGAUUACAACAAAUGUGAUGAGGAUACAUGUCACAUUGGAUCCCAACUUUGUAUGGGAUUCACGGAUACAUGGUGAUGCACAGUUCUUUUGGGUCUUUGUUGAAGAAUCAGACAAGUCACAAAUCCUCCAUUUUGAAAAGUUUAUCUUGAAUAGAAGGCAGUUGAACAACGAACAUGAAAUGGACUUCAUGAUUCCGCUGUCUGAUCCGUUACCACCACAGGUUAUUGUGAAAAUUUUGUCAGAUACUUGGAUUGGUUGUGAGUCGACCCAUGCUAUCUCUUUCCAACAUUUAAUCAGACCAUUCAAUGAGACAUUACAAACUAAAUUGUUGAAGUUACGUCCCUUACCUACAUCUGCACUUCAGAAUUCUUUAAUUGAAUCAAUUUAUCCUUUCAAGUAUUUCAAUCCCAUGCAGACAAUGACAUUUUAUACCCUUUACAAUACCAAUGAAAAUGCUUUUAUUGGGUCGCCCACAGGUUCCGGUAAAACGAUUGUGGCAGAACUAGCUAUAUGGCAUGCAUUCAAAACAUUUCCUGGUAAAAAGAUUGUCUAUAUAGCACCAAUGAAAGCGUUAGUGCGUGAAAGGGUUGAUGACUGGAGGAAAAAGAUUACACCGGUCACUGGUGAUAGAGUUGUAGAGUUGACUGGUGACUCUCUACCUGACCCAAAAGACGUUCAUGAUGCCACCAUUGUUAUUACAACACCAGAAAAGUUUGAUGGUAUCUCUCGUAACUGGCAAACACGUAAAUUUGUACAAGAUGUGUCAUUGAUUAUUAUGGAUGAAAUUCAUUUGUUGGCAAGUGAUCGUGGUCCUAUCUUGGAAAUGAUUGUAAGUCGUAUGAAUUACAUUUCCUCUCAAACGAAGCAACCUGUUAGAUUGCUCGGUAUGUCAACGGCUGUUUCCAACGCCUACGAUAUGGCUGGUUGGUUAGGAGUUAAAGAUCAUGGCCUAUAUAACUUUCCUUCAAGCGUUCGUCCAGUCCCACUGAAAAUGUAUAUCGAUGGAUUUCCUGAUAACUUGGCAUUCUGUCCCUUGAUGAAAACAAUGAAUAAGCCAGUGUUCAUGGCCAUCAAACAACACUCACCAGACAAGCCAGCUUUAAUCUUUGUUGCAUCGCGUAGACAAACUAGGCUGACAGCCUUAGACUUAAUUCAUUUAUGUGGGAUGGAAGAUAAUCCACGUAGAUUUUUGAAUAUAGAUGAUGAGGAAGAAUUGCAGUAUUAUUUAUCACAAAUUACUGAUGACACUCUGAAGCUAUCAUUACAGUUUGGUAUUGGGUUACAUCAUGCUGGUUUAGUGCAAAAGGAUCGUUCUAUUUCUCAUCAGUUAUUCCAGAAAAACAAGAUUCAGAUUUUAAUAGCCACAUCAACCUUAGCGUGGGGUGUUAACUUACCUGCUCAUUUGGUUAUUAUUAAAGGUACGCAAUUUUUUGAUGCAAAGAUUGAAGGAUAUAGAGACAUGGAUUUAACAGAUAUUCUUCAAAUGAUGGGAAGAGCUGGUAGACCAGCCUAUGAUACUACAGGUACCGCCAUAGUUUAUACAAAAGAAUCCAAGAAAAUGUUUUAUAAGCAUUUCCUCAACGUUGGUUUCCCUGUUGAAUCUUCUUUGCAUAAGGUACUAGAUGAUCAUUUAGGUGCAGAAAUAACAUCUGGUAGUAUAAGCAAUAAACAAGAAGCCUUAGAUUUUUUGAGCUGGACAUUUUUGUUCCGUAGAGCGCAUCAUAAUCCAACGUACUAUAAUAUUGAGGAUGAUACUAGCACUGCAGGCGUCAGUGAACACUUGAGCUCUUUGAUAGACAGUACAUUAGAGAAUUUACAAGAAUCUCAAUGCGUUUCAUUACAUGGGAAUGACAUUGUUGCUACGCCGUUCUUAAGUAUAUCAUCAUACUACUAUAUUUCGCAUUUAACAAUACGUCAAUUAUUGAAACAGAUACAUGACCACGCGACUUUCCAAGAAAUAAUGAGAUGGUUAUCACUGGCUAUUGAAUAUAAUGAAUUACCUGUAAGAGGUGGUGAAAUUAUCAUGAACGAAGAAAUGUCACAGCAAUUAAGAUACUCUGUUGAAAGCACCUUCAUCGAUGAAUUCGAAUUACCAAUGUGGGAUCCACAUGUAAAGACAUUUUUAUUACUGCAGGCUCACUUAAGCCGUGUAGAUUUGCCGAUUGCGGACUACAUCCAGGAUACGGUAUCAGUUUUGGAUCAAUCUUUACGUAUUCUACAGGCUUAUAUUGAUGUUGCUAGUGAGCUGGGAUACUUUCAUACAGUUUUGACAAUGAUAAAAAUGAUGCAAUGCAUUAAACAAGGGUAUUGGUAUGAAGAUGAUCCUGUUACUGUACUGCCUGGAUUACAACUCAAAAGAUUUAAAGAUUACUCUUUCAACGAGCAAGGUUUCAUGGAAGUAUCGUCACAGAAAAGUAAAAAAAAUAUGUUAACCUUAGAGGAAAUAGGAAGACUUGGCUCUAAGAAAUUAAUGAGUAUUUUCAAUCGAUUAACCUCAGGAAUGAUAGAAGACGAAAAUAUAAAGAAAAAGUUUGUUAGCGUUUGUCAAAGACUGCCAGUUUUGGACACUAUUAAGUUUAAAAAACAGGAAGAUAACAGUGUGUUAACAUUUUACAGUAAGCACUCUUCAAAUAUGCAUAAUAAAGGGUUUGAAGUAUAUUGUAACAAAUUUCCUAAAAUGCAAAAAGAAUUAUGGUUCUUAAUUGGAUACAAGGGUGACGAACUGUUAAUGAUCAAAAGAUGUCAACCUAAGAAAAUGAAUAAAGAAGUGGUCAUACAUUGUGAUCUUUUUAUUCCUGAAGAAAUCCGUGGAGAAGAAUUGCAGUUUGCCCUUAUUAAUGAUGCUUUAAGAUUACGUUACGAUUUAAGCCAUAAAUUAAUGUCUUAG